AUGCAGGCUCUGGCUGUGGAGAAGCCUCGGUGGGAUGUGGAGAGGCAGCCAUCAGGCAAGAUUCUCUCGCUGGACAGGCAAGGGGCCAAGAAAGUGCUGGAGAUCUAUGUCAGUCGCUCGUUGAGCUGCUGUGAAAACUCGGUGGCCAAGAAGAUGCUUCAGGAGGGAGCCAGAAGGCGAGGGAGGAAGGCAGAUGGGCUGCAACGGUCGAAAAGCGACUUCUGCAAGUAUUCGUCUGCCAAAUUCAGCCCCAAGAAGGACCAGGAGGAGGGACCCAAAACACCAGACCUGGACAAGGCUCUGGAUGAUGAGAGCAAAGCUCCCCGGGAGGUCCCUAAAGAGGAGCCAGAGACCAAGAGGAAAAGCACAAAAAACUCUUCCCAGGGCAAAACUCAACGUACCUGGUUCAAAAGUUUCUUAAAUUUCCUCUUCAAGAAGAAUGCUGAGGAGCAGAAGGAAAAUAAGCACGUGGAGGAGGAGCGGGGAGAGGCGGCAGCCGGGGUGAGGGCCAAGCGACCCAGCUGCCUUCCCCUGCGGCACGUUCAGUCUCCAGCCACCCCAGAGGAGCAGCCUGACGGUUACUACACACAAGUCUCAGAAGAGAUCGGGCUGAUCGUGCAGGGCAGUGAGGGCCAGGGCAGCAGAGCACACGGACGCCCAGAGCCACCGCUGCCAGCCAGCGCCGAUGGGGUCGAUGAAGCCAUCAGGAGAAUUGUCACCCUGCUCCAGACUGCAGGAGAUGAGCUGGACAGGCAGGUGAGGGAAGACGCACGGCUACGGAUGUUCUUCAGAGACAUGUCCUACAGCUCCUUCAAGAACUUGGCCGAUGCCUACGUCCGCAAGGAAAUGACGGCCAGCAGACCCGAUGUCAACCCCCGAGAGAUCCAGUUUGCCUUUGCUGUGCACCUCACCGCCAAGGUGGCGGGCAUCUGCAACCAGGCAGUGAACAGGAUCAUGGGCUUCGGCACCCGCUACCUGGAAGAUUCGUUUCCACCCUACAGCAAAAUUCUCCAGCUCUCACCAAGUGCCUGUGUUGAACCUCAUGGCUUGUUUGUAUUCAUGCAAGCCAUCAAGGACAGCCUCGGCCACGCCAAGUGA